AUGACUGGUUGCGAUCAACUGGUAGAGAUACCGCCGGAAGAUUGGACCGAGCUACGGCAUCUCUUUCAUUGUGAUUGGCCGAAGCACGAAUUUGCCUACUAUCUAUUGGGAAACUACGUGAAUUGGAAGGCACAUAAAGAAGCAUUGGACAUUGAAUGUUACUCGUUAAAUGUAGCCGACCCCUAUAUAUCUCUAAAUAUGUCAUCAGUGGCAAAUCUCCAGAACAUUCCGUUGGAAGAGUUGGAUGAAUUGUGUGAGCUGUAUCGUGUCGAUUGGCCAAGAUAUGCGUACACGUUCUACAUGCUGGAAAAUUUUUACAACUGGCGCCAUCGGGUACGAAAUGGAGAGGUGCAAGUGUUUACUGACCCGAAACGAGAUUGGCGAACUACUGGAACUUUUGUGCUAAAGGAUUGCAAGGAGUUGUUUUUCUAUACCUUGGAAAAUACGGUCGAUAGCUUGGAAAAGGUGCUUCGAAUGGUUAUGAGUAGUUUGAGUGCCUGUAUUAGUAUGGUGUAUGAUUCUUGCUUUCGGGACGUGGUUGAACGGUCUUUGAGCUGUCUUUCCUUUGUGAAGGAUAGUGAUGAACGAAUGGUGUGUUACCGACAGCUAGUACCAUAUGAAGAGCAAAAAGAUAUAUACAAUGAACCGCAAUCCGAGUACCGCUUCAGUGUUGUGGACCCAGCGGAUAGUGUCACCGUCGAACGGCAGUGGGUGCAUAAUGAUCCGGUUUUUACGAACCUACCGACACGCUUGAUCCAACGUAAUCCAUCCCUGGGAGUGUACGAUGCCAAUGAGCGGUUGGUAGCUUGGUGUUUGAUUGAUCAGACCGGUUCGUUGGCCAUAUUCCAGACAGUUCCCGACCAUCGGCGCAAGGGUUUGGGUCGAGCGAUUAUUGACCGUUUUUCGAAGCAACUGCAUGAGCGAGGGCAACUGCCACAAGCGUAUAUCGUGGAAUGCAAUGUGGCGUCACGCAGUUUAUUCGAGAGCUUAGGUUUUGAUGCUGUCGCACUGUGGCAUUGGACAAAGGCUCACAAACAAGUGUCGUAUGAAUGA